AUGAUGUACUGCCCACCCUCUCCAAAAUGGCAAUUUUCUCGCGGCGAUAUCGAAGGCGGCUUUCAAACUUUGGAGAUUUUUGAAAAGAAGACGAAGUCAAAGAUUUCGCCAGACCUAAAGGAGCGAUUUAGGGAGAAUGUUGUUGCUAUUGAUGAUGAGCCGGAUAGUUCGAUCGUCGAACUUGGAAAAGACCCGCUUAUUUUGCGCUUGUCGAUCCUUUGCUCGACAGUUUUCUUCCUCGUUGGCGUCGCCUACAACGGCACCUCCCUUGGCGCAGCAUCGUUGCCCGGCAAUCUCUACACGAACAACUUGAUCAACAGCAUUCUAGAUGCACUGUCUGCGGUCGUCGCCUUUUUACUCAUGCCGAAAAUGACUCGGCGUUUACUCAUCGGAAGCUCUUUCGCAGCAGCUUUUGGCAGCUGUUUGAUGAGCGCCAUUCUUUUCGAGUACUUUCCAAAGAACUCGCCUCAAGAAACAGUUGGAACGUGGAUAAGCUUCGCCGGCAAAUUCGCCAUCUCCGUCGCUUUCAGCUCGAGUUACGUCUACAUUUCCGAGAUCUUCCCGACUUCUAUCCGCGGAGCUGGAAUGGGACUUGUCUCGAUUCUCGAAGGACUUGCUGGCUUCUUCGCUCCGUACUUGGCAUUCAGUGAGAAUUACGCUGUUGUCUAUUCUCUCUAUGCUGUUUUUAGCCUUGCUGGGUGCGCUGCAGUUUGGGCACUGCCUGAAACAUUGAACCGCCAAUUGCCACAGACGAUUUCGGAGGCGCGCGUCAUCUACCGAAAAGAAAAGUUCAGAAUUAGCAGUUCUACUAACUGUGAACAAAAACUGCUUGCUUAG